CCGCCUUCACGCCGUUCGCGCCCGUAUUUUGGCGCCGCUGCGGUGACCGGAAGAAGAAGCUGGCUGAGGCAUUCUGGGAUGCUGGCGGACCCAACAACACUUCUACCGUGAUGGCGACCAAUAUCGAGCAGAUUUUCAGGGAUUUUGUAAUGAAUAAGAUUAAAGAAAUCGAAGAUGAGACUCAAGAAAACAGUGUGACAGAUGAGCCACAGUCUGAGCCUGUGACGGAGACGAGAGAAGACGGACUGAAGGAGGAAACAAUGAGCGCACCAACAGAUAAAGCCACGCACGCUGACCUCCGAGAUAGCCACGAUAAAGAGGACACCAGCACCAAACACAGGAAGAGUAAGAAGCACAAAAAACACAAAAGCAAAAAGAAGAAAAAGAAACGCAGAGAAGGAAAAGACAGCAGCUCAGACACACAGUCCGACAAAGAGACUCAAGAAAGUGGAAAGAGAAAGAAAAGAAAGAAAAAGAAAAAAAGCAAAGAUGCAGACAAAGUCAAAAGACCUGGCUCUCGAUCCGAAAGCUCUUCGGCGUCUGCUUCCGAGUCCGAGUCCGAGUCGAAAGCACCGAGUGAAAAUACGAAGCCGUCUUCAGCAGCUCGGUCUUCGAAGCCCGAGCUCAAAGACUCGUGUGCUGUUGGGAAGCCUCGGGAGUUGCCUGACAUUAUUCCCAAGAUUGAGAAUUCGGUCCACGGGAGCACGGCACAUCAAAGGCCCGAGGAGAAGAAAAGAAGUUCUAGCAGGACAUCGAAAAGUAAGGAGGGCUCCAGAGGACGACGAUCCAGAUCUAGAUCACCCCGACGGAAGUCAGAACGCAGAUCGAGGUCCCCAAAACGACAACGCCAAUCCAAGUCUAGAAAUAGCUCCAAAAAGAGAUCUCACCAACGGAGAGAGAGAAGUAGAUCGAGGUCUAAGACUCGCUCCAGAUCUCAUUCUGUCAGGAGAGGCAAGCGCUCAAGAUCCAGGCGGACCAGAUCGAGGUCCGUCGUGAUCUUAAGGAGGAACAGAAGGUCUACGUCGAAAUCUAGGUCCCGCUCGCCACGGCCUGGACGCCGUUCCCGGAGUAAGUCUCGAAGCAGGUCCGUUCUGAAGUCUGAUUUGAAACUGGAAACUGAGUCGGAGCCAGUGGACGAAAGUAAAAGUUCUGAAAUGCAAACAGAUGUGUCUCAAGACACAACUGAGAAUAGAGAAAGUCAGACAGUGGCUGCAAACUCUGAAACGCCGUCCAACAUCUCGAAUCCGGGCUUUAAAGGAUCUUGGCGACCGGUUCCCUUCUUGCCUGAGACCAAGUCUUCCCAAAAGUGCAUUACACCAGAGGUGCCUUCGGAAGUGACCGAUGUGUCCGAAGAACCUUCGACGUCCUCCACCGCUGCGCCAGAAGAUUCCCAGAGUGCCGCCAACCCCGAGAAGAAAGAAACCAGCGCCAACCCAACUUUGACUUCAAGCGAGACAUCGCCGUCCAAAUCUCCCAGUCACAGAAUAUCCAGAGCGGCCGCGCGGUCCAGAUCAAAGUCGCCAGCGAAGAAGAGAAAAUCCAGGUCGCCUUCGCGGAAGUCUCGCUCGCCCCCUGAGAGGAAAUCGCACAAGUCCGGGACGAGAAGCAAGCGCUCGAAGUCGAGGUCGCCUAAGAAGAAGAAGAAGUCGAGAUCUCGCUCGCGCGGCCGUCGGAGGAAGUCUCGGACCCCGGACAGAAGCAGACGGUCGAAGUCGAGGAAGAGGUCGCGCUCGCGUUCGAAGAGGAGAUCCCGAUCCGGCUCGCGCUGGAGGAGAGGUUUCGGAAGCCGCGCGCUGAACCAGCGGGACCGAUGGAAACGGGAACCCAGUCGAUCUCCGGUCCUCAUCCUCCGGAAGAAAAGAUCAGCGUCCGGGACUCGACGAAGCACCAGCAAGACGCCGCCACGUCUUACAGAACUUGAUAAGGAGCAGUUGCUGGAAAUAGCGAAGGGCAAUGCUGCGGCUAUGUGUGCCAAGGCCGGCGUGCCGAUCCCAGAGAGUCCUCAGGCCCAGAUCGGUUCUUCAGAUGCCCCUUGCAAACCCCAAAUCCCACAUACUUGUCUUACAGUUGCCAGUGAUGUCAGCAUGACGAUGAACGCUGCUAUGCCGCCGUCCUCCGCCACACCCAACCUCGCCAGUAUCGAAGAAGCCAAAAAGAAAGUCACGAAGCAGGCGAACAGCUUUCAGCAUAAAGAGCUGACCGAGAGAUGCAAGAAGAUCGCCCGAGAGCAAGGAAGAGAUGGCCCAUCGCAAAACCACACGUGUCGGACGAUUGAGGACGAUGAAAGGCUAGUCGGAGCUUUCCCUCAAGGAGAAUAA